AUGAUUUUCUCUUCUAGAUACCAGAUAGACAUACCGGAAGUCGAUGUUCUGUCAUAUGUUUUUGGUACAGUCCAUUUGGCUGUGACAUGUGUUUUGCUUUCGUGUUUACUGAUACAGACUACAGAAACGUCAGCCUCGCAAGGGGAUUUGCCCAUUUUUGCCGAUGCCGAGAAACCUACUCGAAGUCUCCGUAAGCCCGAGCUGGAGGCUUGUGUCAAGAAACUAGCUGGGGGCCUCCGACAGACACUGGGAUUACAGAACGACGAUGUUGUCCUGGCUUACACCGAGAAUUCUGUGAGUAGUCCCACGGUCAUGGAUAUGGAUGGCAACCAACCCCUAAUACCGUGCCUCAUCACUCCAGGUGGGAUCUUCACUGGUGCCAAUCCGGGGUACACAGAGUCUGAACUGACCCACCAACUCACUGUUUCCGGCGCUAAGUGCAUCUUCACGGAUGCCGUGCGACUCACGACCGCACUGCAAGCUGCAAGGAGCGUCGGCAUACCAAAAGAAUCUGUCGUGCUCGUUGACAACGAGGGUCGGCCUAGACAUGACAGUUGGCGUACCAUGCAAACAUUGAUGGCUGAGCCAUACUCGUGGGAGGCAAUCCGCGAUCCUUCAAUUUUGGCGGAAAAUGGGACAACGGGAAAACCCAAGGCAUGCAUGAUCACCCACUGCAAUCUUGUUGCGAAUGCUGAACAGACGCUUCACCUUGAUCGAGUGAGCGAGUCGAGAGCAAACGGCCAAGGGUCUUUAACUCACGAUGUUCACUGUGCGUUCCUGCCUCUCUAUCACGCCAGUGGACUCAUGACUUAUUGCGUGGUCAAUGUACGCAGAUCUUGCACGACAUUCACCAUGCGUAAGUUCAGCCUAGAGCUUCUGUUGAGCACAAUUCAGCGAUUCCGCGUCACACAUCUCCUUCUGGCCCCGCCGGUGGUUGUCAUGCUAUUAAAAAGCAAUCUCCUACUCCACUUCGACGUUUCCAGCGUGAGGUCUAUGUUUUGUGGAGCGGCCCCCCUUCAGCCAGAGCUUUCCAAAAGAUUGGAAGAGGUGUUCAGUGGGGGCAAAGCUCGCAGUCGACAGGGAUGGGGAAUGAGCGAAGCCACGAUGGCAGUCACUCUGUUUGCCCCUGACGAGUUCGAUCCGCUACAUAAAGGGGUAGGGUAUAUCCUCCCCAACAUGCAGAUGAAGAUCGUCGGCGACGAUGGUCGCGAAGUCGGCUGCAACGAAGAGGGGGAAGCACUCAUUCGGGGCCCAAAUGUGUUCAAAGGUUACUACAAGAACCCGAGUGCAUCUGAAGAAGCAUGGACCAAAGAUGGAUGGCUGAAAACUGGAGACAUCGUGUCAAUCCAGGAGAGCGGACUCUUGACUAUCUUGGACCGGAAAAAGGAACUCAUCAAAGUUAAAGGGUUUCAAGUGGCUCCGGCCGAACUUGAGGGGCAUCUCCUUGAGCAUGAAGGAGUCAGGGACUGCGCAGUAAUUCGCGUCACAAGAGAGGGGCAAGAACACCCACAGGCUCACAUUGUCCCCAAAGACAACAACGUCACCGCCGAAUCGAUUAUCAAAUUCAUGGAGAGCCGGCUUUCGGCGCACAAGAGGCUUACUGGUGGAAUUGUGUUCACGGAGGUCAUCCCCAAGUCUGCAUCUGGCAAGAUUUUGCGCCGCUUGCUUCAAGAUCCUGCGACUGAGAAGUUAGCACGGCUCUAG